CAGACGUGUGCGUUUUGCUGUCGUCAGCCAGGGAGAGCGCAUCCAGCCAAGGGAAUCGAGAAGCAAGAGCGUACUAUCGUCUUCAGCUGCAAUUUGAUGCAGGGAGGCUGGACGGCCUGUGGCAGUAGCGCUCCCUGGUGGCAGCUGGUGAAGAGAGUGUGGGUCAUGGCAGCCGCGGCACACUUCCUCUGGUCCCUCUUACCUCAAAUCUUCCUCCUGUUCCCCGACGGGAGACGCUCGGGGGGCCACGGGGGGCUGGAAAAUGUAACGAACAGGGUCCCCCUCUCCUCGCUGAUGCACCGCCCAUUUUCAGAAGAGGAGCGACUGGCGAUGAGAGAGGAAGCGCGCAAGAUGUUUUACUGGGGAUAUGAUAACUAUAUGAAACACGCCUUCCCAGAAGACGAGUUGAACCCUAUUCGUUGCAGGGGCAGAGGACAUGACUGGGAAGAUCUGUCCAAUACGAAUGUGAACGAUGCACUGGGAGACUAUUCCCUGACCCUCGUGGACUCUCUGGACACUCUGGUCAUUAUGGGCAACACGUCUGAGUUCAGGAGAGCUGCUCAGCUGGUGGUGGAUCACGUCACGUUCGAUAGAUGUACCACCGUUCAAGUCUUUGAGGCCACCAUUAGAGUGAUGGGCUCCCUACUCUCGGCCUACCUCCUCACCCAGCCCCAUUCCCACUCCUCCCCCCUCUCCCUUUCUCCCCUCCUGCCUCCAGACGACCCCACCUCUGAGAGACUCCUGGAGAUGGCCCAUGACCUUGCCAUCAGACUCCUCCCUGCAUUUGAGAAUACCACCACUGGUAUCCUCAUCCCAGAGUGAACCUGUGUACAGGAGUGCCAGUGGACGGGUCACCUGAGACUUGUACUGCUGGAGCAGGCACUCUGUCAGUAGAGUUCACUCUCCUGAGUCGACUGGUGGGAGACCCCACCUACGAGAACCUGGCUCGCCGAGCUGUGAGGGCUACUCUGGGACAAGAGACACCCUGCCACCGGGCUGGUUGGGAAUGUGAUAAACGUCCAGACUGGUCAGUGGACCGGCAGAAUGAGUGGUCUCGGGGCUGGCAUCGACUCCUUCUACGAAUACCUUCUCAAGUCUUACAUCUUGUUUGGAGAGAAGGAGGACCUUGAGAUGUUCUCACAGAUGUAUGCCAGUGUCAUGAAGUACCUCAGGAAAGGUCGCAGCUGUCGUGAUGUACUGCAGCAAGAAGAUGGUCUGCAAAGCACUCCAUACUUUGUAAACGUGGACUACUCCACAGCCAGAACCCUCAACCACUGGAUGGAUGCCCUCUCCGCCUCAUUUGCUGCUGUUCAGGUUGUGUAUUUACGUACUUUGAGAAAAGUUGGCGAGCUAACCUAGUGGUUCGAACUUUUCGUUUAUACAUAUCAGUGCAUCGUUCAACUGUGCAUGUGUCUGGAUCAUGCGCUUUUAAGUAAAACGGUGUUCGAUUUUUGUGUAGUUUUGACUCCCACUCCCCACGCACCCAAGUAGCACAAAGGAUGGUGUGUACAUACAGAGGGGGGUGCUCCUGGGUGGGUGUGGUUGAUUUGUUUGCUACUCUUUGCUGUAAGGUAACUCCAUGAAUAAAGCUGCAUGUCUAAACUUCUCAAAAAUGCGGGAAGCUUGUGGUAACCGGAUAUGUGCACUAUCAUACUACAAGUAUAAAGGUCCUGGGAGGAAGUGUAGUGAGUCAUGAUUAUGUGCCACUCCAGAGGGUGAAGUCCCUGGUUAAUACCCCCAUACAUUUAUGCGCCCACCAGUUUCGACAAAAUGUGGUAGAGUGUGUGGUUUGAGGUCUGGGAGGGACGCUUUAAGUGCUGCGUAAUCCUACGUAGGGGUGCACCAAUGCCAGAUAGUUCAUAUGAAAACGAUAGUACACAUUCAGUUUUUGUCUGUGUCUGUAUUGUUUGCAAUGUGGCUGUUUGUUGUAUUGAAUGGGGUUGAAUAUGAAGUAACUGUACUCAUU